CUCAACCUUAAUAUAAUAUCAUAUAAUAUUAUAUAUAUAUGUAUAUAUAUAUAUAAUAUUAUAAUCUUGAAACAUGAAUAAAGAAAUGGACCAUAGCCAAUGCAGAGCUUCCUUUCGUGUUCAUCCCCUGCAACCUAAUUCUCACCCUUCUUAACCAUUCCUUAAAGAGUCUGCUGCUGCCUUGAGCUCUCAGCUCUGCCACCUUCUUCUAGAUCUCCCACAGAUCCCUCCGCAUCUCUCUCUCGCUCUACUUUGUACUAAGCAGUUACGAGGAUUUUUGUGGAUAUGCUUAUGGUAGUAUCUCGUGAUGAGAUCUGAAGGAGAGUGGUAAUGGAAGAGUCCCUCCUACUCCUAUUCUCUCACUCAGAGCUGCCCAUUUAGAACAAGACUCUGUUUGUUACUUGUUAGAGAGAGAGAGAGAGAGAGUAGCUGGCUAGAUCUACAAGAUGAAGAGGCGCAUCGCAGAUUGGGGGUGUCUCAUGCCGAUCUGCCCAUCUGAGGAGAACAGCGAGUCCAUGGUGGAAGAUGAUGAGGCGGCGGUACAAGGAGAGAAGAAGCGGCGGCUGAGCGCGGCGCAGGUGAGAGCUCUGGAGAGGAGCUUCGAGGUGGAGAACAAGCUGGAACCGGAGCGGAAGCUGAGGCUGGCACAACAGCUGGGCCUCCAGCCGCGGCAGGUGGCCGUCUGGUUCCAGAACCGCCGGGCCCGGUGCAAGACCAAGCAGCUGGAGCGCGACUACGCCGCCCUCGAGGCCAACUACGACGCGCUCCGCCUCGACUACGAUUCGCUCCGCCGCGACAAGGAGUCUCUCCUCACCCAGAUCGGAGAGCUCAAGGCCAAGUUGUCGUCGGGGGAGCAGCGCCUCAGCUUCUCCUCCGUGAAGAAAGAGCCGGUGAUCUCCGAAGCCGAGACCAAGGCCGCGCCGCCCUCGUCGUCAGAAAAGGAUCCCGCGGCUCUGUUCUACAAGGACGGAUCGUCCGAAAGCGACUCCAGCGCCGUCCUCAACGACGAAAACAUCCCUCGACGGGGGAAGCCCUCGUCGAUGGACGCGGUGCGGCCGCUGCCUACGGCUGCUGAGACAAUUUCCGCGCCACUUUUUCUUGAUCCGGAUCAUCUCUCUGGCGCCAUCAAGGAGGAAGGAUUCCUGCACCAUCAACAUCACCACAUGUUGAUGAUGGAGGAGGAGGAACCGUUCAUCAGCUUCUUCUCCGACGACCAGCCGCCCAUUCUCAACUGGUGCUCCGACGACUGGAAUUAGAAGUAGCCACGGCCGUACAUGGAGAUAGAUCGAUGACCAACCACCUUCAACUGCUUGAAUUGUGUAGCUCCAUCGUCUCACUUACUCCCGCAGCUCACUCAUUCCUAUUACAACUCACCUGUCGACCAAGAACAGCUCCUGCAGUGUCACUACCUGCAGCUACACAGCAAUGGUGAACAGUAGCUCAAUCAUUUCUAUUACAACUCAUCUAUCGACCAAGAACAGCUCCUGCAGUGUCACUACCUGCAACCACACAGCGAUGGUGAACAGUAGCUCAAAUCAUUUCUAUUACAACUCAUCUAUCGACCAAGAACAGCUCCUGCAGUGUCACUACCUGCAACUACACAGCAAUGGUGAACGUGCAGGAAGUUUCUGCAACCAUGAAUUCGUGAACGGAUUCUGCUGUUCGUGACAGGAACAUCUUCUUCUGUCUGGAUGCAUGAGUCACCGAGAUGAACAUUGAAUGCGAGUUGCCUCAGAAUACUGUGUUACCUGUCCUUAUCACAUGGC